AUGGCACCGCCCGCCGGCACGUCUUCCCAGAACACUGCGUCGAAAGGCGGCGCGGGCGAGUCCUCUCGCGCGUCGCGCGCCCGCCACUCACGGCACCGGCAUCGCGGGAGGAACGGCGCCGCACGCCGCGCGAUUCCACCAGCUGGGCACGAGUCCUCUUCGUCCAGACUCUCGGUUUCUUCAGACGGAGCGUCCUCCUCGCACGAAGUGCUGCACGCGCCCCCUACGGUGGUCAGCGCGAACCCGUCGAGUGUAGGUACACCGGCCCGCGCGGCGGAGAUGCCGCACGCUCUCGACGCUGCUGCGCGACCCGCUCAGUCUGCGCCUGCGGCUGCCUCGACACGGCGCUCUGGAGACAGACAGUGGCGGCGGAGGUCGAGCGACGCACACGCGCAAGUUCGGGAGGGUGCGCGACCGACUCUGGAUGAAGCGGUUCGUGGCGCGAUGGCUGCCGUGGCGGGGAACAGCGAGCCUCAGGGGCGUGGCAAGCCUGCAGAGGCGGUGCGUGCAGAUGUAGCACCGGCUGCCGCCCAGGCUGCACCAGAAGCAGUCGACGAGGCUGUUCAACGGGAGUGCACACAGACACGCGGGGAAACUGGCGUGUUACCAGAGGCACAGCCUGCGUUCCAAGGCUCUCCUGAGAAGACCAACACUUCGCUUCGCGAGGCUAGCUCCGCCGCCACGGGGACUGGGACCUCUACGUGGCCUCUGUCCUCUGCCUUGGCAUCUGCGAACGACUCGCUGAUUCUCGAGUCACACAUCGCCACGCACUCAUCAGCUCUGUCAUUCGCGUCGCCUGUAUGUACACCGGAGCCCGAGGCGGCGGCGUUCGCCGCGGAGGCUCCGGGUGCUGAGCCUCGCUCUCUCGAAUCGCAGCCCGUGGCGGACCCAAGGAAAAACCCCGCAAGCGACCUUUCAGUCGGUCUGCAAGCCAACGAGAAGACCUUAUCUUCGGCAGCCUUUUCUAUGCCGCCUCCCAAUUCUCCUCCCGGGGCGCCGUCGGCUGAGUCUCGGGGGGACGAGCAUCGCCUCGUCGUUGCCUCCUGCGCCCCCGCAGGCGUCUCGUCGCGCAGCGCGCCCCAAGACGCGGCUGCCGCCGCGGCGGGCGAAGCCGCUGUUCCGCUGACUGAGCCCGCGUCGCCGUCGGCCGCGUUUUCGUCUCGCGUGCCUUCCGGGGGGACGCUCUCGCGCACGGCGUCGCUGGCGGGCGCGCUGGCGCCGAGCGCGUACUGCGACGCGCUCGCUGCGACUCCGCCUGCGCCGCUGGCUUUCUGGCCGUCGCUGCGGCUCGGUCGCCUGGCGAACGGGCUCGAGUAUCGCGUGCUGCAGCACUCGUUCCCUGCGCACAAGAUCGCGGCGCAUUUGGUGGUGCAGGCGGGCAGCGUCCACGAGGAGGAGCAGGAGCAGGGCUUGGCGCAUCUGCUGGAGCACUGCGUCUUCCAGGGCACGCAGAAGUUCCCCUCGGCGGCCCGCGUGCGGCGCGAGCUCGGCGCACUCGGCAUGUCCUUCGGCGGCGACUUGAACGCCUACACUGACUUUCACCACACCGCCUACACGCUCUACAGCCCCGUGGACACGCCGACAGUCCUCGCAGAGGCGUGCGGCGGCGGCGGCGAGGGCUCAGAUGAGGCAGGGGGGGCGGACGAAGGGGGGGGGCAGGGGCGGCGGCGGACGGCCAGCCAGCCAGCAACCUCGAGCGCUGCCUCGUGCUUCUCCGCGAGCUCGUCUUCGCGCCGCUCCUCGAGGGCGGCGAGCCCCUCGAGGCCGAGCGCCACGCCGUGCUCAGCGAAGAACAACUCAGACACUCUGUGCAGUACCGCGUCGAGAAGAGAAUGUACCAACACCUCCACGGAGGAAACCGCCUCGCCAGACGCUUCCCCAUCGGCCUCACCGAACAAGCUGUCGGGUUGUGCAUGGGGCGUCUCUGUAGCGGGCUGUGGGGCGUAUCUCUGCGCGUCUUUCGUUCGCUGGCGCCCGUCCGCGUAUCUCGCGACGCGUUUUCCGCUUGUUUUGUCAGGGCGUUUCAAGCUUCGCUGGUACCGCCCGGCUAACGCGGUGCUGGUGGUGGUCGCGGACCAAGACGCGGACUUGAUGAUCGAGCUCGCGGAGAGGAUCUUCGCCCCCGUCCCCAUCGACGGCGUGAUGGGGCGAGCCGAGACCGGGGAACCGGAGCCAGGCGCCGCAGGCGCGCCAGCGGACGAAGCCGCGGCAGAAGCGAGCGAAGGGCAGCCGGCGCAGCUCGCCGCGCCUGACGCGGUCACGCGCUUCGUUCACGGAGACAGUUGCGGCGACGACGCGGUCGCGUGGGCGAUUGCAGGCUCGCAGCUCGCGAAACCAGGAGGUGCGUUGCUGCCCCGUCACCCGGACGCGUACCGCGCGCCUGCGCCGCGAGAGGCGCUCUUUCAGCAUCCGCUUCUGAAGGGCUUUGUCGUCGUCAUCGCCGGCAAAGAGGAGCUCUCGCCACUGCGCACCACGCGGAACCUCUUCACGACCCUCGUCGACUCAUGCAUCUCCUGCAUCUUCCACACGCGGAUUAACGACUUGGAGCUCUCGCGCCGGGAGCCGCUGUACCUCUCCGCGUCGUGGAGCUACUCGAACAGCACGCGCGAGAACUGCGGCUGGAAUGUUCUGACGGUCGCGGCGGCGAGUCUCAAAACGUGGCCUGCGGCCGUCCAGGAAGCGAUUGAACAGAUAUCCGCGCUCUGCCAAGUCGGCGUCGAGAAAUUCGAGCUGAACUGGGUGCUCCAGAGUCUACGCAAAAACUAUAGAGACAGCAUGGCGCAGCAGGAUUGCCAGGAGGCGGAAUCGGUGCUCGAGGAGAUCGUCGAGACUCUGACGACGGGAUGCAUCAUGAGCUCACGAAAACAGGAGUACGAGGCCUUCGAUCAACUCGCCGAUAAAAUCACCCCGGAGGUCAUUCGCGCGCGCUGCCGAGAGGUGUUCUACCACAUCACACACUUCUUCGAGGACUACGAAGGCUCGAAGGAGACUCCGCGCGCCUCACUGUUCAUUUACGGCCCGACGCAUGAGCCGCUGGACGAAGACCUCUCUCUGCGCUUCCUCAGUUCGUCCUCGCUGCAGGCGCCGCCGCCGCUCCUCGCGCACCGAGGCAGUAUCGGAAGCAGUGACCAUAUUCCGCAGGGAUCCUCGCCGAUGGGGCGCAACAGACCGAGUCGCAGUCCGUCGCACUCGACUUCUUUUCUGGUUAUGGCCGCGGCGGAUGAGGUCGAGAAGGGAGAGGCGGAGGCCACCGCGCUUCGUGCGGAGGCAAAGGCGAGCGAGUCCGCGGAGGCAGGCUCCGCCGAGCGGCUGCAGAAGGAGGCGCACGCGCCUGCAUUCCUCGUGACCGUUGAAGAAGUUGAGGAGACCAUUCGGCGCGGGCUGCGCAAGAAAGCUGAGCAAGUUUCGUUCAACCUGCCCGACUCGCUGCUCGACAGCGAGGAAUUCGAGGCGCAUUUGGCUGCGCAUCCGCCGGCGUUCAUCCCCCCGUUGACUGAGAAUCGCCUCAAACGCCACGGGCCGUCGCGCGCAGAGGUGUUGCGCGUCUUCUCGCUCUCCGAAGGAUAUCACGACGAGGCGACCGGCAUCCACUUCUGGCGCUUCCAGAACGGUGCAGCCGUGAACGCGAAGGAAACGAACUUCGAGCCCAGUCGGUGUCAGGUGCGCCUCUUUUUCUACGGCGGCGAGUCGAUGGCCAGCGGCGACGAGCGGCAGCUCCUCGACCUCGGCGUCCGCACUCUCAUGGACGGCGGCGUCGCCGGUCACCCCCAGAAGAGCGUCGACAAACUCUGCGCGAUUUGGGGAAUAUACUUAUCUUCGCAAGUGGAACCAGAGGGCGUGACAGUGAACGUAUCUUUUGACACCGGCCAGGAGGAAGUCCUUGAGCGCGUCUUCGAGUUGCUGCAUUGCUACCUGGAGUAUCCGCUGUGGAGUGAAGACGUCUUCGAGCGGCAAAAACAGUUUAUGAAAACGAGCUACGAGAUGUCUCUGUCGAAUCUCGACUUUCUGUCUUCCGUCGCGCUGACCUACCAGCUGUAUCCCCACGAUCGCCGCUGGGUGCCCGCGAGCUCCGCGCAGCUGCAGACCUACACACUCGAGCAGGCGCGCGCCGCAGUCGAGAGGCAAACGCAGCCGCACCUGCUGGAGGUCUCAGUCGUCGGCGAGUUCAAGCCGGAAGAGCUGAAGCUCGUGGCCGCGAGAUACAUCGGAAGUCUGCGCGAGCGCCUCCCGAUCACUUCGCCGAUUCGUCAGAAGAUCGACGAAGAGGGCGUUGUCGAGGGGAUCGUUCCGAUUGAGGCGUUCUCAAAGACGAAAUUCAUCGCGCCGUUUCUUGAGGAAAAGCAGCAAACAGAGAGGUGCUCGGUGACUGUCGCGCUGCCCGGCUUCGGCCGCUACGAGUUCAGCCGCCACGGGAACCAGGCGAGCUUUAAGGAGAGCCCGAGCUACAGAUUCCGCGUCUGGCGCUUCAUCGAGGAAAUCAUCAACGACAGACUCCACAAUGAAAUGCGCGAGAAGCGGCAGCUGGGGUACUCCUUCUCGUGUCGGGCGGCGGCGCUCGAGUUCCAAGAUAACGGUGUCCUUCUCUUCGGCGCGACACCACGGCCGGCGUACGCGGCGAAGGCCUGGGACGCGCUAUGCGCAGUGAUUCGCGAACUUGCGAGCUCGCGACCGCCAAGGAAAGACGAAUUCCUCGCGGCGAAGCAAGUCGUGACAAGCGGCUUCAGCACCAGCUUCAAGACGAACGAAUACUGGAUGACGCUGCUGUUCAGCUUGCAGCUGCCGAUGUCGCCUAAAGACCUCGACUCCAUCAAAGGCAUUCCAGAGUUUUACGAGAGAGUGACGCUCGAAGACGUACACGAGGUCAUGCGUGAGACUCUCUUCGCCACGCCGAUGAUUAGCUGCAUCGCGAUCUCGGGACCGAAGGAGAUCAAAGGUCUCUUGUCGCGAGUUGAACAGGCUGUAGAGGAAAAACUCGGCCGCCAGGUGCUUCAUCUGGCUGGUGCACCAGUGCGUUUUCCUUGGCACGCAACACCAGAGUGGCCUGAGGACCUGCCUGUCGACGAGGAGCGCGCUGUGCUCUCGCGCGCAAGCUCCUUCGCCUCCUCGCGGUCUUCGUUCUCGCUGUCACGUUUUCUCAAGAAGAAGGAGACGUGGAUGAUCCUAGGCACUGCAGUAGCGACCGGAGUGCUGCUGUGGCUGCUCUCCUCGAAGAGACGAUAA